AUGACAUCAAAAUUCCUUAUCGUAUAUUUAUCUAUGUAUUUCAGAUUAUAUUCAGAACCGGCCUGCAGAGACGGAUGGAUCAGAUUUCAUAAUAAUUGCUACUUGUUUUCGAGAGACCGCGCGCCUUGGGGUGAAUCAGCGGUAAGUACAUGUCUACUACUUUUAUAUUUGGUAUAACAAUUGAAUUCGAAACAGUAAUAAUAGCUAGUACAUUCACGAUAUAUUAAGAAUUUGCAAUACAUCAAAAUUGCAUAUUGUUGUUGUACAUGUACACUGUAUGCUGCAGAUGAGUAUAAAAGCUUAUCUGUGUGCUCUGCGUGCAAUAUGUAGCCCCCAAAACACAGAAUUUACGUUUCCCCAUAGCACACAUAAAAUGCAUGCAUAAAAGUCAUCGAGGCUUGAAGAACAGUUCAGGUAGGACAUCCAGUUAAGUGGUUAUAUGUUGCGUUUCGACGACUAGUACAGUAUGUACUCAGCCACCUUAAUCAGCCAUUUUUGUAAUAAAGAUGACAGAUUAAAUUCAGUGUAAGUCAUCGAAACGUCACACAUAGAUACUUCAAUGAUUGUGCUACACGAAUCUUUCUACAAUCCAAACUUAACUUACCCCAAUAGAUACACUGCAAUCUUCAUCGAGAACCCACAUAUAUAUAAACUAAUUCAAGAGAGCUUUGAAAUUCCUAGAAUACACAUAAAACACAGCACAAAAAAGUGAAUCUAAAGCUUUAUCACAUGUUUCAUCAACAAUUUUUGUAAUUUACAGUCAUUUCAUCUUAAGUAUUAAAGAACAUUUUUGCUGAUUGGGGUUCUUGCAUGAAGGUUAUAUUCAAAUUAUUAGGGUUAAAAUCGGGUCAUUUGAAGAUUAAAUAAAUGCAUAGAAUAUCGAAUUCAAACUUUCCGGCCAAAUUUGGUAAAUAAUUGUUAAAUGAAAACCUCUUCUAUGAACUUGAUACAUGAAUAUAUCGAAAAUGCAGACUUUUAUUAUACUAAUAC